AUGUCUGUCGGAGCCAUCGACCCCGCCCAUGGAGCGCAGCUCGCCUCCGUGUCCCCUGCACUGGCAUCCGACCAGCCCGGUGUCGCAGGAGCCAACGGCCCUCCAACCGGAGGACAGUCCAUGAACGGCUCGGACGUCAACAGAGCAGCACGGUACUUCAUCUUCACGACAUGGACUACAGAAAGCCUCCACGCGAGCCGUCUCACCGGCAAAUGGCGCUUCCCGGCCGCUGACGGCCCCGAGCCCGCCGUCCCGGACGGAAUGCUGCAAGCCGCGGACGCUCUCCGCGCUGCCCGGCUGCGGAACAGGCUGGCGCGGGCGCUCGACGUCGGGACCGAAGUAUUUGCGCUAUUCCUCGACCGAAAUUCGCGACAGCUCCAUGGGUGUGCCCGGAUCACAGGUGUGCAUCCGCGGUCCUCUCUGGCUAGCGGGGCCGUGGCAGAGCCAUGCAGCCACGCCUCGGGAUUGCGCAGCACCAUUCAGGCAGCGACGCGGCGGAUAGAAGGCGCAUCCGCCGCCGGCCCUUCUCACGCUCCGGAGCUAUACUGUUCUCUGGAUUCCGAGCAAAAGCCAAAGAUGGUACGAAAGCUGAUGGAAUUCGACUCCGAGACGCCAACGGUGCCCGGGCCGCGCUCCACAAGCCCCACGGACCGCGUCGAAGAGCCCGUAUGGUCACGAAUAACCAUGAUUCUGGACCUGCAGUGGAUCACCACCCACGGGCAACGACUGCCCCUGCGCGAAGUCGCCUCCCUCCACGACCUCUGGCCCGGGGACCCCGAGCUGCCACUGCGCAAGGCGUACGACGGGCAGCAGCUCCCGCCCGCUGUCGGCGCAGCGUUUCUCGAUGCAUGGGCUCGCCAUCACCCUGCUCCGAAGAUAGACGAGGCUGGCGACCAGUCUGUCCAGGUACAACGGUUUCCGAAUGCGGCCGCUGGCCCCAAUCCCAGCCCAUGGGUCCUCCGGGCCUCGAACCUCCCGGGCGACACAACGCUGGCUGAGAUGCACAGUUCUUUCAUGCCGCAGCCCGGGCCGGCGGCGCUCUCAAUGACCCUCCUGCCCAUGUCUCCGCAUUCUGCACUGGUCUACUACAACUCCGAAGCCGAGAUGCACGCAGCCCUCGCGCAGCAUAAUCGUGCUCAGCCUCGUUUGCGCCCAGAAGACCCUUCCCCGCAGUCGCUGACCGAUCCAGAGGGGAAUAUUCGUUAG